AUGGCUUUUGCUCAAUCUUUCUACAACCAAAGCCCUGUCCUGAGAAUCAAUGUUAUGGUUGUGGACGAUGAUCCUGUUUUCCUUCAAAUCAUGUCACGCAAGCUUGAAAACUUAAAAUUAAGAGUAGAUCCAUCGACUGUGGAGAUCAUGGUUAUAGCUGUAAAAGAUUCGAGAGAAGCAAUGUCUACUCUUCAAAUCCAAAGAAACAAUAUUGAUCUCAUCGUUACAGAUUAUUACAUGCCUGACAUGAAUGGUCUACAACUCAAAGAACAGAUCAAUCAAGAAUAUGGCAAUUUACCAGUCAUACUUAUGUCAUCGGACACCGAUAAAGAACACGAGAGUUUAACGUGUGGAGCGAUGGGUUUCAUUCCAAAACCCAUCAAAGCAACUGCAUUAACCAAGAUUUACCAACUUGCUUUAACUUGUAAGAGGAAUGGUAAGUCCACCUUAUGGAUCGAGAACAACCACAAUGAUACAGAUGUUAGCAUCGCUCAGCGAAUCCAGUUGGUUCCUGAUCAAGACAAUCUCAUGAUGAUGACCAAGAAGAAGUUCUCACGUAGACCGGAUUCAAAAUCCGUGAAGAGCUCAAAUGGAAGCUGUGUUAUUAGCGAUGCUUCACGGAAAAAUAACAAAAGAACACCAAACGGUGGUUCUGGUGAUGAUGUUGAUUCUUUGUCUCAGCCCUCCAAGAAGAAUAAGAUUACUUGGACGGAUGAUCUUCAUAUUCUUUUCUUACAAGCUAUCCAACAUCUCGGUCUUGACAAGGCCGUGCCAAAGAAAAUCUUGGAGUUCAUGAAUCUAUCGUACUUGACAAGAGAGAACGUUGCCAGCCAUUUACAGAAAUAUCGACAAUUCUUGAGGAAAGUCUCGGAAAAUGGUACUAUAUGUUCAAGCAUGAUGCCUAGUUUUGGCAUAGACUCGAUAUAUCCAUAUGCUCACAUCAGAGAGCCAUACUACAACAACUACACUUCUUCUUCUUGGUACGGCACAACUCUCAACAAUACAUCAUAUUCCAAACCCGGACACGGCCUAGGACAGUCUAGACUCUUAUCCAACACAUCUGAUCCCAUACGCUUCAACGAGAUGCGUCACAACUACAUGAACCGGUCAUCAAACUAUGAGCCGCACCAUGUUGAAUCAAACUUGAACCUGCCCAUCGAGAGCAACCUCAGUUACUCUUCCCAAAAUGAAGGAAGAAGAAGCUUUCUUGAAUCAACCUACGGAAAUUUAACUUCUAAUCAACUAGGAUCGAACAGCCAUGGAAUUUUAACUCCUAAUCAACCAGGAGUUAAAAGUUAUGGAAGUGCAACUCAUAAUGCACAACUAAACAACUUUGGAAGUAUAACUCCUCAUCAACCAGGAUCUAGCAACUUCUCGUAUGGGUUGGAAUCAAAAAACAAUGCAAACACUCCAUAUAAUCCUCAGCCUCAGCCACAUGCCAAUGCAACUGCACAGCCAAAUAGUGAAAUUCCUCAACUGGAGAGUCUCAGCUUGUAUGAUGAACUCGGCAAUAUUAGUGAGCUUCCUUGGGACAUAAGUAACUUUCAAGUGGAUCACAACAAGGUAUGUCAACAAGAAGCGGUUUCUACCACCCAAUUUGAGUUUCCUGCAAUGUUUUCGACUGAAAUGAAUCAGCUUUUCACUCUUGAAGAAGAUAAUGACUGGACCUUUGUGAACGUAAAUCAGAGAUAUUCUAAUGGAGAAACGUCCAACAAUUUUGCUCCUGAGACAAAUUCUCAAACUUUCAACAUGAGCGCUAAUCAUGAUCAGGACUUGGCUAGUGAGUUCGACUUCAUGGAGUCUCUGUUCAAUGGCAUGAAGUGA